AGUGACCCUUUUCAGGUUUGAGUGUCAACAAGUUCUCCGGAAUCAGCCCUCAACACCGAUCUACGUCUAGCGGAACUAACGAUCUUCGGGGAAUGUUGCAGCCGGGACCGUUUAGCGGAGUACAGCAUUAGUGUGAAAGUCAGUGAUGUUAUGAAAACAGAAAGGAGAAAGCUAAAAUUCAUAAUAACAUGCUGAUAAAACUAUAACAUCAUCUCAGGGAUGGCAGAACAGCAGCCCGGCGACGAGAAGCAGGGGGUCAAACUUUUAGGGAUCCUGGACGUGGAGAAUACUCCCUGUGCUCGAGAUGCUCUUCUCCAUGGGGCAGGCGGAUCAGUCAUUACAGGACUUGUGCACUUUUUGGCAACAAGCAGAGUGAAGCGCUCAUUUGAUGUGGGAAUGGCUGGUUUCAUGCUGACAACACUGGGCUCGUGGUUCUACUGCCGAUACAACAAUGCCAAACUGCGAGUGCAGCAGAAGGUGAUUCAGGAUGGAAUUAAGAAUAAAGUGAUGUAUGAGGGGACGAGUCGUGAUCCCACACGGCAAACUAGAGAGCAGUAAAGUGGGCUUUGCACGAACUGCCCACUGCUGUGGCUCUCUCUCAUCCUGAGACCAUUGUGAGUUUGUGCCAUCUGUUUAAAUAUCAAAUUGAUUUGAUGUGUUUGUUUUUAAUCUGAAGCAAUUCUGUGAUUGAUGUGAUUUAAUAAAAUAUAAUAAUAAUCAUAUGAGAACAAA